AUGGCCCAAGCAGCUGGUGGGGGGCCGGGGACCCGGACAUGCCCGCAGCUGCCGCCAUCGCCACCACCGCCACCGCCCGAGGAGGAGCAUGGGGAGAGGCUGGUGGAGCUGCACGCCUCGUUCAGGGAGCUGGUCGCCACCUUCUGCACCAACGCCACCAUCCACGGCACCAUCCGCCUGGUCUGCUCCACAGAGCGCCUCAAGACUGCGUCCUGGGCGCUGCUGCCCGCAGGGGCCCUGGGCAUGCUCUGCUGGCAGCUCGGACUCCUCUUUGAACAGUACUGGCGCUACCCUCUCAUCACGACGGUGUCCGUGCGCUCGGGGCGGAGCCAGCGCAAGCUCUUUCCGUCGGUCACCCUGUGCGACGUGAGCCCACACCGGCCACAGCCAGCCCGCCGCCCCCUGCGGGUGCUGGACGACUUUACCCGGGAGAACAUCUACUCUCUGUGUGGGUUCAACUUCAGCGAGAGCGUGGACGCCCCUGGGGCCGAGGCCCCGGGCCCCGAGCCCGCCUUCCAGCUGGACCGCGGGCUCCGCCUCCCGAGGCUGAGCCCCCUGGGGGACCAGAACAGACGUAACAGCGCCGGUGGCGACUGCAUGCAGCGGGCCGACUCCUCCGGCGUGGCGGCCGCCAGGGAGUGGUAGCGCUUCCGCUGCGUGAACGUUCUGGCCCGGCUGCCUGCUGCCCACGAGGACAGCCACCACAGCCGCGGCAGACGCUUCGUCUUCUCCUGCCGCUACGACGGCCAGGACCGCCAGGCCCGACACUUCCAGACCUCCCACCACCCGAGCUACGGCAGCUGCUACACUUUCAACGGUGUCUGGGUCGCGCAGCACCCUGGCAUCGCCCACGGGAUCAGCCUGGCCCUCGGGGCGGGGCAGCAGCAGCAUCUCCCUCUGCUGUCCACGGAGGCCGGCAUCAAAGUCCUGAGCCGCACGCGUGACCACACGCCCUUUCUGGAGCACGCGGGCUUCAGCAUCCGGCCGGGGACGGAGACCACCGUCGGCAGCCGAGAGGAUGCGGUGCACCGGCUCGGGAGCCCCUGUGGGCACCGACAGCACGGGGGGCGUGGACGUGCAGCUACCGUACAGCACCUCCUGCACCAGGCAGGUCACUGCUUCCACCGCCUCUGCAAGGACCUGGAGACCCAGCGGCUCCCCUGUGCCUCCCGCUGUCCCCAGCCUUGCAGGGGAUCUUCGUGCAGGCUCUCCGCUGGGACCUCCAGCUGGCCUUCCUCCAGGUCAGCCCGCCCGGGGAGGAGCCGCGGCCACACACCCCCAGGGAGGGCCCCACCAGCAGGUCCAGGGCCCCGCCCCAGGAACAGCCUGGCCAAGGUGAACAUCUUCUACCAGGAGCUCAACUACCGCACGGUGGACGGUGGAAGGACACCCGUCUACUCGGUGCCGCAGCUGCUUUCAGCCACGGGCAGCCUCUGGAGCCUGUGGUUCGGCUCUUGCGUCCUCUCAGUCGUGGAGGUGCUGGAGCUGCUGCUGGACGCCGCAGCCCUCGCCCUGCUGCUGUGCUGCCGCCAGCUCCGCGGGUUCGGGGCCAGCCCAGGGCAGCCACGGGGGUGCCCGCUCCAAGCCAGAGGCCGGCUGGUGGCCGGGUAG